ACUCCAUUUACUUGUGAAACUUUUUUUUUCAUUUCCAAACAGGGGUAGAACUGAUCCACUCACGAUGAAUUGUGACUUGUGCAUUCUUCUCUCCUACAUGUUGCGCAUGCUCUGUCAAUAUGAUUCAAAGCUUGCCGAACAGUAUGGAACUGGAAACCAAGUACCUGUCACUCUUGAUCAAAGACUCCUGGAAACCAAACAGAACACGCCCAGUAGAGAUGUAGAAAACUUCAAAUGGAGCUACGGGGGAUCUACGGGUCCUGACCAUUGGCCUGAGUAUUUCCCGCAGUGUGCUGGCAGACGACAGUCUCCUAUUCACAUCAGAACAGCAGACAUUCAACAUGUCACGUGGCUCCCAGAAUUCCAGUUCAUCAACUAUGACAAAUUAAGCGGAGACGGAAUGCAGCCAGCUUUUCUGCAUCUCAGGAACAACGGACACACAGCUAGUAUGGCAAUUGAUGACGAAAUUUACCUUCGUGGCUCGAAUUUGGGUGAACUGUAUCGAGCAGUGGAGAUUCAUUUUCAUUGGGGUUCAGAAAACAACAUUGGUUCAGAGCACGUACUCGACAACCAUCAUCAUCCCCUGGAGGUUCACAUCGUCCACUACAAUACAAAAUAUGCUACGCUUGCUGAGGCAAAGAAGCAACCAGACGGACUAGUUGUAAUAGGAAUAUUUGCAGAUAUAUCCGAGGAAAAGAACCACGCAUUUGAAUUGGUAGCCACGGCUCUUGAUCAAGUAACAGAAUACGACCACAAAACAAUUGUAACCGGGUUAAGACCUAUCGAUAUGCUUCCAAACGAUACAUCCAGAUACUAUCAUUAUGCCGGAAGUCUGACCACACCUCCCUGUUACGAGUCUGUUUCGUGGUACGUUAUGCACGAAGGGAUAACAAUCACGCAAGAUCAGAUCAACCGACUCCGCCAUCUAAAAGAACACGUGGAGGACAAGCAUAGUCCACACAAACCUCUGUCCGUAAAAUCUGCCGGAGAAACACAAAACAUAAACAACACCGACAACAGAAUUGUUAAUUCACUAGAAACGACUGACCAUCACUCACCCAGGACAAAUUACAUAAAAUACAAUUUCAGACCUUGUCAACCUUUGUAUGGCCGAAGAGUUUACUGUAGCCAUCCUUCUAUGGUCAAACAAAAGUCCCAUCAAUCAGAAUUUUCUGUAAGUGAUAUUGCUGUCAGCCAUCAUGUCUCCAACCUUGGUGAUCAUGACGUUUCCAAGGCUUUGCUGCAAGAUAGUGGAUUCCAUGGCUCUAUUGGAUCCAGCCUAUCUAAUCACCCCCACGAAAGUCAUUUACAUGGAACUACAUUGAACAUGCACUCACAUGAAAGUCAAUUGCCAGCAAAAAGAGUGGAAAUCGAUUUGGGUGGCCAUAAAGCGGAGCUACAUAAAAAUACCCAAAAAAGUCCUGAGAGAACCAAAGACGUCUCGCUAGGAUACAGCAACAAAAUCUCUGACAAACUGUUUCCUGAAGAAUUAAAGGACGUCUUCUCAAAAAAACACAUUCCAAAUUUUAAAGAAAAGUUAGAACCAAAGGAUAUUUACAAGAUAUUUGGAAGAAUUUUCCUUCGACAGGCACAAAUUCUCACCGCUCAAAAGAAAUCUACUGACAAAGGAAAUACAGUAAAUACACAACUUUUUAACGAACCAGAAAUAAAAGAGUAUUCGAAUCCAGUAUAUAAAGUAAAGAAGAUUGAGACUGUCAAAAACCCAGAACAGAUAAUACGUCAUUCACACCCGAAACGAAAUCUUCCAAAGCAAAAAGUGCAAAAGAGACCAAAUAAUACGGUUCUCAAUUCGCCAGCUAGAAACAGUGUUUCAAAUUUCAAAUUGGUCAACAGACAGAAAAGUUCUGGUAAGUCAUUCAACCUUGCUUCCGACCAUCGCAGUUCGUACAGCGCACGCAGAAGUAAUCAAAUGGUGAACGGUGGAUUCCAUUUUUCUGUGCGUCAACCUGUAUAUCAGCGAAAAAUCAACAAACAGCAUUUUUAUACACCAAGUAAAAAGAAUAAGUCAACUCAAUAUCAGUCGAAAUCUCACAGAAGUCAUUACAGUUCUGCUAAGAAUACUCAUAUGAAAUCGGAAACAUUAGACACUCAUAUGAAAUCGGAAACACUGAACACUCAUAUGAAACCAGAAGGAUCGAACACUCGAAUGAAACCAAAAACAUCAAAUGGGGAGGUGAAAAAGAGAAAUUUGAUCGAUUUGAUUUCUGAAAACCACCUUGACGUGUUAGACAGUAACUUUGCAAUGAACACACAGAACAUGGUUUCUUCAUACACUUCAUUAGCGCCUCAAGUGGAUGGCAGUGUAGGCUUCAGUGAGCGCAUGCCCCAACUUCCUUUGAAAACUCUGGGUUUAGAAGAAACGGCCGUAUUUCCGGAGUCAGUCGGUUCAGGGUUAUCAAACCGAAAGAGCGACACGAUGACAGAAAAAGAGCAAAGGAUGAUAAAAAGUGUUCUAAUGGACCGUAUCACACAGUCAACUCCAGAGCCACCUCUAGCAACUAAAUCAAUACCAGAAAUUACAAAGGGCCCGACCCGGACGUCAAAACCGGAUAUGGUACAUGAACAGAAUCAAACUUCAAAACCCGAAACAACACAUGAACCGAUCCAUCAUUCAAAAACAAAAAUGACACAAGAACCAGUCCUUAUUCAUGAACCAGAGAUUGGACAUGAACUAAUCCAAACAUCAGGAUCAGAGACUGUGCAUGAACCGGUCCAAACGAUGCUUGGUAACGAGAAACUACGUUUUCCAAUUCAAAGAGAAAGAAACACCACCAAUAUACCUAUUAGAGAAAUUUUAGGUAGCCAUAGCAACAUGCUUUCAAUAUUGACUGAUCCUACACCUACAGAAGAGAAACCUUAUCUACCCUCAUGAGGGACAUAAUUUUGAUUUCCAGUGUUCAAGGAGAAGCAAAAUAAAGGGUGUUCCUUGACAAGCACCGCCUUUCUUUCGCCAAAUGGUGAAUCUAUCCUUAAGGGUGGAAACGCCACGGCCAAGGAGAAGAGAAUCAGGCAAUAUAAUGUGUGCCUCGCUUGUUUAGGAUGUUCAUCAUUUUGUCAAAUUAAUGAUCCUUAUGACAGAGAGGACGGAAUAUUUUUUUUCUUAACGGGCUCCUUGGUUUGAAAACGGUACGAGAACAAGGUUCAAAGUGGGAUUGCCACAACCAAUUUCUUUUUGAUGUUUUCGAAAUAUUUAUUCCACAAAGAAUUUGGCCAAAUGGUUGUUACGGUACCUUGAUUUCUUUGUUUUUGUUGUCUUGGAAUUAGUUUAUGUGUAU